AUGUGCCUUACCUUCCUGCCCCCUGCCUUCCUGCCCCCUGCCUUCCUGCCCCCUGCCUUCUCGCCCCCUGCCUUCCUGCCCCCUGCCUUCUCGCCCCCUGCCUUCUCGCUCCCUGCCUUCUCGCCCCCUGCCUUCUCGCCCCCUGCCUUCCUGCCCCCUGCCUUCCUGACCCCUGCCUUCUCGCCCCCUGCCUUCUCGCCCCCUGCCUUCUCGCUCCCUGCCUUCUCGCCCCCUGCCUUCUCGCCCCCUGCCUUCUCGCCCCCUGCCUUCUCGCCCCCUGCCUUCCUGCCCCCUGCCUUCCUGCCCCCUGCCUUCUCGCUCCCUGCCUUCUCGCCCCCUGCCUUCCUGCCCCCUGCCUUCUCGCCCCCUGCCUUCCUGCCCCCUGCCUUCUCGCUCCCUGCCUUCCUGCCCCCUGCCUUCUCGCCCCCUGCCUUCCUGCCCCCUGCCUUCUCGCUCCCUGCCUUCCUGCCCCCUGCCUUCUCGCCCCCUGCCUUCUCGCCCCCUGCCUUCCUGCCCCCUGCCUUCCUGCCCCCUGCCUUCUCGCCCCCUGCCUUCCUGCCCCCUGCCUUCUCGCCCCCUGCCUUCUCGCUCCCUGCCUUCCUGCCCCCUGCCUUCUCGCUCCCUGCCUUCUCGCCCCCUGCCUUCUCGCCCCCUGCCUUCUCGCCCCCUGCCUUCCUGCCCCCUGUUCCUUGA